GUUUAAAUUUCUGUAUAGAUAACGCAUAUUGCAAAAUGGCGCUUCCAACAAUAUAUCUAAAAUUUGAUCCCUGUUAUGACGUUAACCAAGCUCUGUUAUCUUUGUUUGUGUCAAUGUCGCAAAAAAUAAAAAUUGGCACAUAUGGUAACAUUUGUAAAGGAAACAUGGAUUUUAACAAUUAUUGCGAAAAGCUGUUAGGCGAAGGACCAUCUUGUGUUCAGACCCAAACCUUGUUUGGAAAUACCACAAAUAGAUUUGUUUAUGUAAAACAGAAUCAUGUUAAAGAAGUUACCCCUCAGCAAAUCUUGGUCAAUCCCCAUUUUAUGAAAAAGGUCUACGUCAAUCCCCAAUUUGGCUCCCCUAGUAAUCAAGGAAGUAGUAGGCCAGCAAUUCAUUUGAAUCCCCAUGUGUACAACUUCACUGGAGUAAAUUCUUCUUCAGUGUCAAAUAUGGCCGCAACGUCUCGCAAUCAACAUACAGAUUUACCACCAAUAUUUUUAAAUAAAUCAAGAGCAGUCCAUGUUAAUCCAAAUUUUAAAACUUUCUUAAAAAAAGAAACACCACAGAAUAUGGGAACAAGACUGUUGCGCGAAAAUGUAGCAAAAGAAACAGUGCUACUCACGAAAACCAAACUCAUUAGGGCGCCUGUUAUUGCAAGAAGGAAUUCCAUAAAGUCAAAGUAUAAAAUUAUUAGAUCUACAAGUGUAAUAAAUACUGGAAGAAAAGGUUCCAAUUUAAACAAGCCUAGGUAUAAACUUGAUUAUCGCACGAGGAAAACUCAUAUUAAGACGGGACCCGUAAAAAGUGAAGCUGUUGUUGCUACUAAGCAUCCCCACGCUUUAAAGAACUUGUAUUCAUUUAGAAGUCAACAUAGAACUAUGAAUAAAAGUAUAUCAAAAUCAAAGUAUAAAUUUAUAAGAAGGGUCAGUAUACCCCAACAACAAAUGGAAAAAGCAGUGGGCAUCAAGAAGACGAGCCUAGGUGAAAAAAGUUUUGUAGUGAAAAAGUUCAAGUUGAUCAGAAAAACUACCUCCAAAGUGGUCAAGUCUUCUAGGAAACUAAAAAAGUGCAAUAUACCCUGUCCCUAUUAUCGAAAGUAUGGCAUAUGCAAAGGGAAAGACAAUGGCCGAUGUUGCAAAAAACAUGAUCCUGACCAAAUAGCUUUGUGCACUAAAUUUUUACAGGGAGCUUGCUUGAAGGAAAAGUGCCUUUUAUCUCACAAGGUGUUGCCGGGGAAAAUGCCUACUUGCAAGUAUUAUUUGGAAGGCUCCUGUUCCAAGGAGAGGUGCCCCUAUCUUCACGUCAAGAUAAGUGCCAAGGCUGACAUUUGCCCAGACUUCUUGGAAGGAUUCUGCGAGAAAGCCGCAGAGUGUCACAAACGACACCAGUACCUGUGCCCUGAGUACGAGAAGCACGGUAAGUGUCUGAAACAGAGGUGUCCCUAUCCGCACGGAAAAAUGGUAAGACGUUAUUUGGUGCACAAGCAAAAAUUUGCCAAGAACUGUUCGGAACCGAGAACAAAGCCCGAUGAAUAUAGUGCGGCACGCGUAGUUAGACAACCGGGGAACGAUGUCACUGAAAAGGCUCGAUAUUACAUUUCAAAACAGGAAGGAUUCGAGACUAAGACUUUUGAGACGUUGGACGUGAGGUCGAGACCGCGGUUGGGUACCCUGCCCUCAUUUAUUCCAUUUGAUGAAUUGUGACGAACAUUUCUUGGCAUCAGAUGUUUAAAAUUCAAUUUGUACUGUGAUCCAGUUUUAUUAGAAUCAAUAAAAGUAUU